AUGGCUUCAGAAGUGGAUGCUUCAUCAUUGGCAAGCAGUAUUGAAUUAAAUGAUGCGCUUGUAGAUUCGGAAUGGUUCUGUCCAGGUGAAAUUCAUUCAAUAAUACCAACCGGAAAUAAAUGGAGUAAACGGAAAAGGCAAAUAGAAGCAAAUAAAUUUCAUGAUAAUACACAUUCAAAUUGUUUAUUUUACAUGCGUUGGUAUGAAGCAUAUAAAAUUCGUGCUUUAAAACAGCGACUUGAACAAUAUAAAAUAGAUGAAAUACAAUCGUUUAUAAAGCAAAAAAUUCAAAAAAUAAAUGAUGUUGUAAGAGAUGAAGAAAUUAAAUUACGCUUAAUUUCAUCAGUUAUUCUAAAACCGGAUCAUAUGCAAAGUGAUCCUGAUUUCCUGAAACGUAAAUAUGGAGCAAAUUUAAUUGGUUGGUUAGAUGAUGUUGCAGCUGAAUUAAGUCAACCAUCAUCAAAAAUUAUCAACGAACUAAUGCGUGAUUUCACUUCACUUAAAGAGGCUGAUCCAUUAUCAAAUUGGACCGAACAGAGUAGCGAAUUUUACAGUCGAAUGCUUGAAAGGAUAAAUAAUUUUGCUUCUUCAAUGGCUGAAAUGGUUAAAUAUUCAUUUAUUAUUGAACCUGGCACAAUAACACCUCAUUUAUCGGAAUAUGUGGCGGAAUUUCAACAAUUAAAAACAUUUUUUGAGCGUAAUUCGUUAACAUCGGAAGAAGCAAAGCAAAAUGCUUUUAAUCGAAAUCUUGAUAAAGCAAGAAAUAAAUUAUUCGAAUGUGCUGAUAUCAGUCGCGUGAUAUUAUGGCGUAAAAAGACAACAAGUAAUAAUAAUGGUUCAUUUUUUCCGUAUAAAUCAACAAAACAAGAAACAACAAAUAUGCAUUAUACGAAUGAUAUUUUCAAACAUAUUAGCAUAACAGAUCAUUCUACUGAUAAGAGCGAUGAUUUCAUUCACGCGUCAUACGUACGUGGUGGUCCACUCUUGAAUACGUUUAUUCUAACACAAGCGCCACUUCCGUCAACAAUCAAUGAUUUCUGGCAAAUGGUUUGGCAGGAACGUUCAAAAUAUAUCAUCAUGUUAUGCAAAGCUGUUGAUAUGAAACGUUUAGGCUUAUUGGAUGGAGUAUUACCUAACACUUGCGUGUAUUACUGGCCAAGAUAUGAAAAUGACAAAGCUCAAUAUGGUGAUUACAUUGUUUGUAAUAUUAAAAUGGAUUGUACCACUGAUCCACUUUUCAAUGUCACCCAUUUGACAAUGCAUCGAGUUGAUGACGAAGAAGGCGUUGUGCAUAAGUUAGAACAUUGGCAAUAUGAUUGGAAUAAAUUCACUGAUUUUUAUUGGCCAUUACGCAUCCUUCGAAGGGCACGCUUAUCAUCAAUGCCAACAAUUAUACAUUGUUUGGAUGGUUGUGGUCGUUCUGGUACUUUGGUCACUAUUGAAGUACUUUUAAUGCACUUACUUAGAGGUUCAGCUCAAUACGAUAAUUUAGUACUUACAACAGCAAUUUUUGUACGACUUCAACGACGUCAUGCAAUUUCAUCGCCAUUACAAUAUUUAUUUAUCUAUCGUACAUUACUUCAUUGGAUGCAACCAUUUAUUACGUCAAAUAUUUCACGUUUUAUCCUUGGAUUAAUUUUUCCUAAUUGGGGUUUUGUUGGCAAAUAUCAGAAAAUGAUAAGCCAUCGUUAUAGAUUUAAAUGA